AUGGAGACUCAGAUUAGCGCAGUGUCCAAAUCCUGUUUUUACCACCUGCGAAAUAUUAGUCGAAUUCGCCCAUUCAUAACAGAAGAUGCUUGUAAGACUCUAGUUGUCGCUCUAGUUGCAUCAAGACUUGAUUAUGGAAAUGCACUACUCUAUGGAAUUACAGAGACAAAUAUUUCACGGCUACAGAGAGUACAAAAUACGGCAGCAAGGAUUGCCACCCGAACUAGGAAGCAUGAUCAUAUCUCCGAAGUCCUGAUAUCUCUUCACUGGCUUCCAGUUAAAUUUAGAACAUAUUAUAAGAUCCUUUUAUACACUUUCAAAGUACUCCAGGGGACAUCACCAUCAUACCUAAAGGAACUCAUAACAGUCUAUCAACCGUCAAGAACUCUACGCUCGUAUGACUCCAAACAUCUUGUGAAACUUCGUGUUCGCACGGAGACAUACGGAACGCGUCGUUUUGACCAUGCAGCGGCAACUUUGUGGAACGGUUUACCUGAUGCUCUUCGCUUCCAGACGUCACUUUUAGCUUUUAAACGAGAUCUUAAGACUCACCUUUUUAAGAUAGCAUACGAC